AUGUUAAGGUAUGGCAACUGUGCGGAACGAGACUUCGGUGGUGAUGUGGACAUGAUCCAUCGUUAUAUGGGUCUACUCCUUCUGGCAGGAUGCGUAAUGUGUAUGGGACCAGUAGUACGACCCGACAAAUCACACAUGAAGACAGGACAUCCGAGAAAUCCGCGAACGCCCCAUCGAAUCCAUGAAAAAGACGAUACGCAUGUUGAAGAGGUACUAUCCAGAGAGAAACGACGACAUGAACGGGUUGCUGCUUCUGAGACGAACAAAUCCGGCACCGGCGCCGAGAUUUCCGCCGAGCUUCCAAUGGAACGACUUCGUCGUGCCUUUGGCCGUAACGACUACCUACUUCCAGAAAACUUCAAAACACUUCGAAGAUCGGAUAUUCCCGUUACAUAUCGUCUACAUGAUGAUCUUCUUAGGUACUACAGGAAAGGCACACGUCCAGUCACUCAUCCGAAUAAAAUCGUUUCCGUUUCAAUGAGCGUAUUCCUCUAUCAAAUCAUAAAACUGGACGCCGUGAAAAACACAAUCAGUCUUUCCGGAAGUUUCGAAUUGUACUGGAUCGAUGAAUUUUUGCAAUGGAACCCGUCAAGCUAUGAAGGAGCGACCGAGAUCUUUCUUUCGUCGACGGACAUAUGGAUUCCAGAAUUUUCACUGUACUACAGUUUAAAUUUUAACGAUGCCGUAAAACUACAAUCGAACAACGACAUCAGAGUGAAUCACACUGGACAUGUACGCUACUACAUACCGUUUUCGUCGGAAAGUCUCUGUAAACUCGAUGUGAAAUUUUUUCCUUUCGAUACCCAACAAUGCACUCUUCUUUUCGGCUCUUGGGCUCAUUCUAAUGACUCUAUUAAGUACUCACUCUAUUCUCCGAAACUCUCGCUCAUUGACUUCUACGAUAACCAAGAAUGGGAGUUGGAUACGAUACGUAGCACAGUGAAAUCUGACGGAUUUCUUUACGACUAUUUGGAUCCACCCCUAUUCUGGGAGAUGAUCAUUAUUGAUUUGGUGGUCGAACGCCAGAGUUUCUAUUAUGUAUUCAACCUGGUUAUUCCAAGUACGAUCAUCACGCUUGUUGCUGUGAUCGGUUUCCAUACGCCAAGCACUAGCGGAAGAAUGAGAGAUGCAAAAUUCCGUCUCGGUAUAAUGACCCUUAUGAGUAUGUCCGUCAUUCUUUUGGCAAUAGUGGAGGAUAUGCCGAAAUUCAGUAUGUCCACUAAUCGUAAAGGUCGUGGUUCUUUCUCGGGGAUCCCUCUCAUAGGUUUAUAUUACUUUAUUCUUUUGGCGAUUAUCGGUCUUUCAACGGUAACCACAUCGAUGUUUGUGUUUCUGGAACGAGACGUACGUGUAAAGCACCAGGUUCCAUGGUAUCUUCAAUGGUUAUCGUUCGAUGUUCAGCGAAGGAGAAGAAGCAACAAUCAAUAUCGCAGGCAUGUACAUGAUCCACAAGCAGAGGCGGAUCAUCUUCUCUCGAAUGGCCACGUACGAACCGGUAUACAGGACAAAGCUAAAGGGGUGGCCGUCUCAUUACUGAGCUUGAUUCCCCGACCAACACUUAAUCAAAGUCACCGGCAAAAUCCUACAUCUCAACCUCUAUCGCAGGACCAGCUAUCCAUUCAGGAGGCCACUCCACCGCGUGAAAAUCUUCGUCGACGUCUCAGCCUUACUCAAUAUGACAAUAUGGUACUGUAUCAGUACUUUGAACAAGUCCUUGAAGAUAUAAUCAAUUGCACAGGUCGAAUCGAAAAAGUUGUUACGGGAAUGCGGCAAGAUGUUGUCAAUCUGAAACCGUUGGACGAUUUGAACAGCAAAUGGCAAACAGUAAUUAGAAGACUGGAGAUAAUCUCAUUGGUCUUCUACGUUUCCGUUCUAUUUAUUACUAUGUACUUGUUCUUCUACCAUGAAUGGUACUGUGCUGUUGGACACAAUCCAUGCGGUCAGAUGAAUUUGAAAUGUCCAUGGAUGGCAGUCACACCGGAUGAUCCAAUAUGCGAACAUAACUCAUACAACUAG